UCUCGUCGUCUUAAGUAAACUCCUCUCCAGUAGAUUUGUGUACAAUUUUUUCAAAUUAAUCCUAAAAAAAGCCGCCAUCUGUUCUUCACUGCAUAAAUUUGUGAUAAUAGCUGCGAAACCUAUUUGAUUGCAAUCUUCUUCUGUUAAUUCACAAAAGUUGAGUAGGGAAUAGUGAUGGCAGCCACACCGAGCUCUGGAGUAAGUGUUAGUGAGAAUCAACAAACACAGCAUUCGAAAAUUCAAAUAUAUGCGCCUUCCAAUGAUGAAGUAUCGGCUUUCUGGAGAGAUAAGUACGAAAAAGAUGCCAAGAAAUACUGGGAUAUCUUUUAUAAACACCACCAAGACAAGUUCUUUAAGGAUCGUCAUUAUUUGGGCAAGGAAUGGGGACACCACUUUUCUGGAGAAGGAAAAAAAGUGGUUUUGGAGGUUGGUUGUGGAGCUGGAAACACUAUCUUUCCUCUGCUUGCUACAUAUCCACAUUUAUUUGUACAUGCUUGUGAUUUUUCACCCCGUGCUGUGAAUCUAGUAAAGACGCACAAGGAGUUCACAGAGGCCAAAGUCAAUGCAUUUGUUUGUGAUCUUACUGCUAAUGAUCUAUGUGCUCAUGUUACUCCUUCCUCGGUGGACAUUGUGACAAUGAUAUUCGUUUUGUCUGCAGUUUCCCCGGAAAAGAUGCCAGCAGUGAUGCAAAAUAUCAGAAAAGUUCUCAAGCCAAAUGGGCGUGUACUAUUUCGAGAUUAUGCUACUGGUGAUCUUGCUCAGGAACGGUUCACUGGAAAGGAACAGAAGAUUAGUGAGAACUUCUAUGUUAGGGGUGAUGGCACUAGAGCUUUCUACUUCUCAGACGAGUUCUUAGAAAAUCUUUUGAAAGGAAAUGGGUUCAGCAUGGAAGAACACGUCUUGUGUUGUAAGCAAGUGGAAAAUAGAUCGAGAGAGAUUGUAAUGAAUCGGCGGUGGGUGCAAGCUGUGUUUCGCCCAGCUGAGACGAACGGUAUUUGUGCUGGAGAUGCUCCGGCCCAAGCUGGCCAAAUACAACGAGAUUGUGAUAAACGUGAAGAUGGUAUCCAGGUGACUGAAAUUGAUAUGUCGGAGGGGAUGGCUGUGGAAAUGUUUGGCGUCUCACCUUCCAUUAAAGAGAGUCAUGAGGUGUCCGUACACGACUAUACGUUCAAGAUAAAUUUGCUCUCGGGAGAGUUUCAGCACACCUGCGCAUCAACCGGCUUGAUGCUGUGGGAAUCAGCAAGGCUGAUGGCAUCCGUCCUUGCCACGAAUCAGAAUAUCGUUGCAGGGAAACGGGUUCUCGAGCUCGGAUCCGGAUGUGGAGGGAUCUGUCCCAUGAUAGCUGCUGCAUCGGCUGAUCUUGUAGUCGCCACAGAUGGGGACAAUAAAGCAAUUGAUCUUUUGAAAGAAAAUGUAGCAUCAAAUCUCAAACCAUCACCACCAUCUUUGCAUAUCAAGAAACUCGAGUGGGGGAAUCGAGAAGAUAUACAGGCGAUCAAGCAACUGAGCGAGGAGGGUUUCGACGUCAUAAUCGGGACGGAUGUGACGUACGUCUCUCAGGCGAUCGUACCGUUAUUUUCUACCGCCAGAGAGCUGAUUUCAACCAGCGGCAGAUGCUCAGGAACUAACAAAGAGCCUCCUGCUCUCAUCCUCUGCCAUGUUUUCCGUCGAGUCGACGAGCCGUCUAUACUCUCGGCAGCAUCUCAGUGUGGCUUCGAACUCGCUGAUAGGUGGUCUGACAAGACCCCUAGCAGCUCGGUACAAGGCAUAAUUGGAACGUGGUUCGACACGAGCCCGUACCGUAUUCCAUCUGCGGCACUUAAUAUCAUGCUCUUUCACCUUGCAUAGAUGAUUGUGAUUCAAACUUACUAAAUUUAGUGUUGUUAUUUCACAUUUUGUGAUGAAUUAACCAUUUUUGUGUACAA